CUACUGGCUGCGGCACGCGCGUGUAGAGCUUGCGCACUCAAUUAAUGCGCCAUGGCCAGAGAAACGACUGUCACCGUAAACACUCUUCCUUCAAUGGAUUUUGAGACAAGGAUUUUCCCUCACAUCGGCGGCUAUGGACGCUACAACCGACUCGUGGUGCUUUUCAGCUGGUUCCCCAACUUUGCGGUCAUGCUGAAUCUUUUUUGCGACGUCUUUUUCACUCAUAUCCCGGAAUCGUAUCACUGCAAACCCGACCCGCAGCUUCUGCCCUCCACUUUCCUCCCCAGCAACUUCUCCAGACAGGGCUACCUGAACCUCACCAUCCCCUGGGUGAACGGCAGCGGCCUCAGCCACUGUGAACUCUUCAAGUACCCAUCAAAUACCUCGGACUUCUCCGAAAAGGUGCACAGGGAGACGGUGUCUUGCACCGUAGGGUGGGAUUACGCCCAUGUAGCGGGGCUGCAGAGUAACUUUGUCACUGAGUGGAACCUGGUCUGCAGUGACUUCUGGAAAAUCCCUUUGCAGCACAUCUGCUUCAUGACAGGAUGGAUUCUGGGAUAUAUCCUCCUUGGUACAUUGUGCGACUGGCUGGGCCGUCGGCGGUGUUUCCUGCUCUCCAUCAGUCUGUCCAGCCUGCUGGGGGUGGUUGUGUGUCUGUCCAGCAGCGCCGUGGUGUUCCUGCUGCUGCGCCUCUCUCAGGGCGUCAUGCUCGCCGGGGUCUUUGUGUCCUCGUACAUCGCCAGGUUGGAGCUGUGUGACCCCCCCAAUCGUCUCAUGGUCGCCAUGAUCAGCAGCUUCUUUAGCGUGAUCGCAGAGCUGCUGUUGCCAGGUAUCGCUGUUCUGUGCCGUGAUUGGCCCGUUCUUCAGGCCGUGGCCACUUUGCCUCAGCUGCUGCUGCUUUCCUAUUGGUGCUGUGUGUCGGUGUUUCCUGAGUCUCCUCGCUGGCUGAUGGCCACAGCUCAGAUCCCUCAGCUGAAGAGGAGUCUCCUGGAGUUCUCCACCAGGAACGGAGUUUGUUUAAGAGAUGAAAUCUACCCUGGAGAAACCCUGCUGUCAGAGAUAGAUACAGCCUUCGGUGAAGACUGUCAACCAAGGUACUUUUCCAUUUUGGAGCUGCGUCAAACUCGUGUUAUCUGGAAGAACUGCCUCAUCCUCAGCUUCACACUGUUCAUUGGAACUGGCAUUCAGUACUGUUUCACCAGAAACCUGCACACUUAUUCCUCCAACUUCUACUUCAGCUACUUCCUUCGAGUGAUGACCGGAGCUCUGGCCUGCGUCUUCAUCUGCCUGUCCGUCAAUCACUUUGGUCGGCGGGGUAUGCUUCUGCUCUCUGCCAUCAUCACCGGCCUGUCGUCGCUGCUGCUGCUCGCCCUCACUCAGUAUCUGCGGGGGGGCCUGGUGUUGGUGUUCUCUGUGGUGGGGCUGCUGUUCUCUCAGGCUCUCGCCAUGCUGAGUGUGUUGUUCGCUUGUGAGGUGAUGCCCACUGUGGUUCGAGGCGGUUGCCUCGGCCUGGUGCUGGCAGCGGGUUGUGUUGGCCUGGCCGCCUCCUCCCUGAUGGAGCUCCAGAACAACGGGGGCUAUUUUCUCCACCAUGUCAUCUUCUCCUCCUUCGCCGUCCUCUCUGUUCUCAGCAUAAUGCUCCUGCCUGAAAGCAAACGCAAGCCGCUCCCAGACUCCCUGAAAGAGGGCGAGAACCAGCGCCGGCCCCCUCUCCUCCUGCCCCGGCCCGACAGAGACGACCUGCCGUUACUCAGCACCCGGCCCCUCCUCUCAGAGUACAACCCUGAUAACUACUCCCGCCUGGUCUCUGCCACCAGGAAGAUGUUGACUAAAGAGAGUUUGCCUUAUAGGAUCGAUGUGCCAAUGCAGGCCCCUCUGCUGUCGGACAGUGAAACACAGAGUCAAGAGGAUGGAACUCUGAAAGAGGGCAUGUCUUAGUGACCUCUCCUUUGUACAGACUCAGACUAUACCUCCUCCUCCUUCUAGACAUACCUCCACAGAAAGUCUACCACCAUGCUUCAUUUAAUUAUUGUCUAAGUCACUCACUGGUUAUAGCUCAACUGAUGAACUGACUUGGAUUGGUUGCAGUGCACUUUAGAGCGACGGCUCCAAGCGUGUCCAUGUUUUGGACUCUUCUCGUUACAUUUGACUUUCAGAGCUGUUGGUGCUGCAGCAAAGAAAAACUGUAGUGUUUCAUUAGCAGCUUACGUGUUUAUACCUUAGCCUUGCUCGUCUGUCUGUAAGCUUCCAAACCCAAUCGUCAGACACUAUUUUCCCCAGAGAAGCUCGCUCAACCGUGAGGCUGCUGUUGAUCAUGUGGGCUGCGGUGCUUUGUCCAUUUCUUAGUGACUCUUUUCAUUAACUCACCCAUCUCAUUGACCAGCUGUGUCUCAGUGCUGAGCGGAUCCCCAGGACACACAAGACAAGUGUCUUUGUGGAGUCUUGUUAUUCUUGUGAAGCCCACAAGGGGGAACUAAAUGAUGCACUGAGUAUUGAAUCUGAUGACAGAGUCAAAGGAUAUGACUGUUUUUUAAAUUGUGCCCCUACCAAUCUACCUUGUUUAUCCAAAUAUUUCACUUGGAAGUGUUUGGGAAAAUGUUGGUAAAGGGACCUGUGUAGGAAAAUAGCACUAGAUACCAACCAGAUGAUAUUGAAUUUAGUCUGGAUGAUACUUUUGUCUGCGUUAUAAACCACUUUGUCUCAAAGUAUUAUUUAAAGGUGCUAUUUCUACCUUGUGUUUCUGUUAAAACACUGAAUGUAGCCGAUGAAUCUGCAGGUGUACUAACCUCUGUAGCUGGCAGCCAAAACUGUCAGCAACCUCUCUGUUCUCAAAUGAUUAUAAAUUGUGUCCUUUAGUUUCUUCUUAGUCCAAAAAAAUGUAAAUGGUUUAACAGAAAGCCUUAAAUGAAGGGCAUUAAAUAUUUUCAUAAUAACAGAUACAACCUGAGUCAAUAUUUUAAAAAUAUAAAGUGUUUUGUAAUGUAAUGUUUGAGGACUGAGGCGCAUGUUAAUCCCAUAUCAUCUUGUUGAAUGUUGAACACUUCAAGGUCGCCAUGUUUAAUAGAAGAAAAACACACUACUUUGUUUGACAUUCAGGAGAUGUGUAAUAGUUCACCUAAUGUAUCCGCACAGUUAUGAGGUUACUGUCAGUGAACAAAUAAAGAAGAUUGUGUUCCUCCAGUAGCUCAGAAAACCAAUUGUUUGUCUUUAUUUUCAUCCUCUUUGCAAAGUGAAAACCUUAGAAACUUCAUCCAUCAUGCCAUCAAGUCAAAUGCUCCUGUGUAUGCAAUGUGUAAAUUAAAUUUGAAAACGUGCAAAUCACCAACAUUUGAAUUGGUGGAGCCACAAAGAUAGUUUGCAUCUCUUCAGUGGUUACACACUAAGAACACUAGGUGGAGCUGUGGACACGUACUGUACUACUUCCUGCUUAAUUGUAAGCACACUGAUGUUACGGAAUAUGGUUGUCUGUGUGUGAGAGUAAGUGUGUAUGCAUUUGGAAUAUACUGGUGAGACUUUGUCAACAUGUUAUUAUCCAGACACAUUUCUAUUUGCUCACAGCAGCUUCAAUCUCACAGUGGUAAAGUAGGAUAAAAUAACCAGAUGAUGCAAGGUAAAGUUAAUUUGAAAAGAACCACAACAAUGUUUAAAUCCAGUUUAAUAGUAAAUUCAAUAUGAUCCACCUUCCCAUUGUUUGCUAGGUGCUAAACCUACAUUCCAAAAGUUCAGGGUUUAAUACCCAAAGGUUAAACACACACAGAUCUUCAGGACAAAGCAGAAUACUCUUAAUUUCCAUUAUGUAAGCAAUUAGUGCUAUUAGUCGACUCUACUGUAUUCGGAACAUGUGUUUGUGUAUUAAAACAUAGCUUAUGAAUUUGAUCAUGUUAUAACAGCAUGGAGGGCCAGUGUGAGCAGGAGGCCCAGUGUGCUGAGGGGGUGCACGGCUCCAGUGUUCAGGGUCUUGUAGCCGUAGCUCGUCCUGCAAGUAUUCUUCACCUCGUCGUAUGGAAUAGGAACAUCAUCUGGACUCUUGUCUCUCAGACCGUCACGCACCUGACAAACAGAGAUCAGAGCGUCAGGCAGCAGACAGAAAGGCAC